AUGCUAAUCAUAGAUAAAAUUAUUGCUAUUUGGUAAAGCAUUACUUUUGGAACCAAAUUUGUUUUAAUUUCUAGUAUAUUGUGCUGCAUCCUUGAUAUCCUUAACAAUAAUUUGUUAUUUAAUAUCUUAGUAGAUAUCCCUAAUUUAACAAUCUAUUAAUACGAAUUAUGGAGAUUACUUAUUCCAUAAUUCUUUCAUGGUAUAUUUCAAAUCAAUUGAAAAUAGGCAAUAUCUAUAAUCUAAGCAUAAGUUUAUUAGGAUUUUUGGUUUGUGCAAUUGAAGUAGAAAAAAAUUAUGGUACAAUACCCUUUUUUUGUGAUAUAUUCUUUAAGAAUUUGAUCAUUCAAGUAUUUAAAAUUCAUAAAUAGAUUAUAUAUGUUUUUUUAUGCUUUUCACUUUCUUAUUUAACUUUAGAUGUUCAGGGUACAUAAUCUUUUGGGUUUUGGAAUAUCACUUUUAUUUAUAUGUUGAAUAAGUAUAUUCUAUCUUUUUUAAUUUAGAGGACUUGCUGAUUAAGAUGAUUAUUAAAAGUUUCUCUGUUUUCCAUUAUAUUUCCCAUCAAAAUACUAUCCACCAGCAUUCUUUUUAAUUAUGAAUUCAAUUGAAUAUCCUAGAUUAGAUCUAAUAGCAGCAACUCUGUUUGCAUUUAUUGAAUAUCAAUUAUUUGAUGGUUUCAUGAUGAAAUUAUCUAAGGUAAUUUUUAAGAUUAUUAUAAUUAAAGGGAUUUGUGACAAAAAUAGAAUAAUCAUUUCCAUUCAAAUAUAUACAAUCACGUUAAGAUUUUAUUACAUGUGAUUAAAUUAAUCAUUCAUUUGUUAUGGAUGAUGCAAAAAUGGCAGAAUACUAAUUAGAAAUUGGAAUGAUUUCAACAACAGAAUCUAAAAUAUAAGAUUAAAAUUAGAUUUGA